UUCUUCCUGCUAGUGGUGUCCGUAAUAUGAGCACGCGCGAAAGGAGCAAUAAAUUGCAUUAUUUACUUUUGUGCUGGGAGAAGUACGGGCUGAUUUGAAAGGUACGCUACACAGACCUUGGGUCUACAGUAAUCUACCCAUGGUAGCGCAAUUCUUACGCAAUGGAUGUAAAAGAAUCGGGAAGCGUCGUUUUAACUGCUUACCAUUCAUUCACUGCUUCAAGGAUACAUUUGGCGGAUGAAAGCCAUGUUCCGAAUAGGUCCACACCUUCUCCCGUUAGCAGGAAAUCCCAGAAUCGGCGGUUAGCGAUGAUGACUUCGGCAGGGGCGAUGCCUCCCUCCUCUCAGGAGCGCUCAGCAGCUCGAGACACGCGGCUGUCCAUGGAGGACUACUGGAGAGAAGUGAGGAACAUUGAGGAGGCCUGUCCAGAAGGCCAGCAGGAGCCAGUCGAAAAAGGCGUCAUGGAUGAAGCAGAACUGGAGGAAGCUUGGUUGCAUGAAGCAGGUCUCUCCACGCUGGUGUCUGGAACUCUGACUGACAGCCCAGCUGAGGCUCUCCUCUCCACACUUACGCGAUCCCAGGCUGCCAUGGUAAAGAAACGCCUGGACAACUACACCCAGACCCUGCGCAAGAGGAACAAGCAGCCCAUACGCCACGUUCGAGACGUGUUCUCCACAGCUGACACGUUGCCAGCUGAACCCACACCCCCAGUGUCCCCAAAUGGCCAGAUUGUACAGAGGCUACCCCACUGGACCCCUCCAAAAGUUCGUCAAUCGUGCCCUGUCUUUACCUCAGUGGAGAGCAGUAUUUCAGGACAUCACCUGGAGCCGAACAUCUUUUCCUUAGAAGUGCCGUACUCUGAGGGUGUGACGGCUCAUCGAAAGGGCCUUGACUGCCGGGACUGCCAACGGACCAGGAUGGGGGACAGGGGCUUAUUUAGGUUUCAGAUUGUGAAGCCAAAGCAGGGGGUGACAAGAAUACAAGACUUAUCCUCAGAAGACAUCAAGAAGAUUGGUUACAUCUCUCUGAUUGAGCUAACCACCUUUUAUGAUGCCAUGGGUGUUGAGCUGAAGAGGAACCGAGCGGCACGGAGCAAAGGCCGGGAGACUGGCAUAUUUGGAGUUCCUCUGACUACGCUGUUGGAAAAUGACCAAAAGAAAUUUCCUGGUUCCAAAGUCCCGCUUGUUUUCAAAAAGCUGUUGUCGAAGCUGGAGCAGACGGGGCUACAGACUGAGGGAAUUCUUAGGGUGCCUGGCUCAGCCUCUAGAGUGAAGUACCUGCGGCAGGAGCUAGAGACGAAAUUUUACGAGGGCAGCUUUGACUGGGAGCAGGUGAGGCACAACGACGCAGCUGGCCUGCUGAAGAUGUUCAUCAGAGAGCUUCCGUCACCUCUGCUCACACUGCAGCACCUGCCUGCCUUCACAGCCGCCCAGAAUAUCACUUCACCCAGGCACCAGCUGCAGGCACUGCACCUCCUCAUCCUGCUUCUGCCUGAGCCCAACAGGGACACGCUGAAGGCUCUCUUGGAGUUCCUAAGGAAGGUAGUGGAAUUUGAGGCAAUGAACCGGAUGAGUCUGUGGAAUGUCUCCAUGAUUGUGGCGCCGAACCUCUUCAUCUGCCGGGGCAAGGUGGGCAUGCAGGAGGAGAUGCAGGAGGCCGUGGAAGCUGCUCACCUGGUGCAGCUGCUCAUCAUCCACCAGGACCUACUGUGGACGGUGCCGUGUUUCAUCAUCUCUCACAUACGGAAGAUGAAUGAGGCAACCAUGGGCAAGAAGACUCCCAGCUCUGAGAAGACCAAGAGAAAGCUUCUGCGACGCCGUACGUCAGACAGACAGAAGGAGAAGAGCGAGGUCACUGACCUUCGUGACGGGGUCAUCAGGGUGCAGGCGCCACUCCAUGCCAAGGUCUCCAUGGCGAUUCAGCUGGACAGUGGGACAAAAGCACGAGACGUGAUGGCCCGUUUUGACUUUGAGAAUGGGCAGGGAUCUCGAAGUGGUAGAAGACAAAGGCAGUUUCUGUUUGAGGUUGGAGGGAACAUGGGGGAGCGUUGUCUCGACCCAGAUGCUCUCUUACUGGAGGUGUACCGUGUGAAUCCCCACUGUGAAUGGGUGUUGAAGUCCAGAACAACCUGAGUAUACAGAGACCACAGCAAGAUUGCUCCUUUUGCUGGGGAAUCUUUGUGAUCAUCCUUACAACUGGGUCACAAAACCUGGAGGAUGGAUACGGCCUUUCCCUUACUGAAACCUUCACAAUGGAGCCUGAGAAUUCACUGACAAGCUCAACUACUUCUCAAGUGCCCCUUCCUGGAUGGUUUUAAAGGGAAUUUGAGUUCUUCUAAAAUAUGUGAAUCUUCGAGUGGAUAUCUGAAUUUCAGUUCAAGACUCUUGGAAAAGAGAACUUUUCUUGUUUGUUUUUCUCUAAGACUUGCAUCACACAUGACCAACACAACGCAAUGCUGGCCAUUGGGAGUGUCUGAUGCCAAAACGUCUUGUGCUCAUAUUUGCAGUGGCCCUUGGGGCUUCUGUGGAAGCAUGUUUUCAUAUUGCCUACAAGGACUCAACUGUAAAAAGCAUGUACAUAUAUUUAUACCACUAAUUUAUCUAGUUAUCUUGUAAUUUUACCAUGUAAACCGUGACUGGUUUUGUAUUAUUUGCAAAAGCUGCAUGCUUGCUAGUAAGCCAUUUGAACGUAUGAUAUGAUUAGGUACACUACAAAACUACGAUACUAUGAGCAGUCAUAUAGUGAUUAUUAAUAUUACCUCUUAACAGAAGGCAAACAUUAAUGCCAACUUAAAAUGUGCUGAUUUGGAUUCUGUGUCUGAGUCACUGAAACAAACUGAAUUACAUGCAUUUGAAGGCUCUGUAGACUGGAGACCAGCUGCUCUGAGCACUGUGCAACAAGUAUGAAAACCUUUUCCACACUAACCUCUGUACUGUGGUUUCACAGUACAGCAAUAAGUCUUACCACUAGGCAACUAAACUAAUUGAGAGCGGUUAUGAAACAACCAAACAGGCUCUUCAAAGUGAAUUUUCUGGCUAGAGUAGAUGGUUCAUGGUGGCUGCUGUACUUGCAUGAGUUGAUGAGGACUGGUUUCAGCUGUGCCACUUCUCCAUCAUGUCUCCGCUGACUGCCAACACUGUGAUCACCUACGAUCACUCUGCAGCUUUUCUUAUUAAGUAUUGCUCUACAUGCAUUUAAAACAGAGGAACUAAUUGCGCCAGUGACUGGUUCUUUUUUACUUUGUCAAAAAUAAUGCCAGUUUAAAAAAUGAACUUUUUUUCUACAGUUUUUUGUGUGAUGUACUCUGAUGUAUGUGAUGCAUACAAUUAUUAUUUUUUGUAUUAACAUUAUCAUGACAUUGCCAUCAUGUCACUUUUGUUUUCUGUUGUGAAUGUACAUGCAGUGAAACUGUAGUAUUACAGUGCCUCAAUAUACUGAACAAAAACCAUACUGGUAUAAUUUAUAUCAUUUCAUGUCCUUUACUGAGAGCAGGAGCAGAUCAAAAUCAAAAUAUAGGCUUACAUGGUCAUUUACAUUUAAGUUUGUUUUCCAUUAACAGUGCAAGAUUAACAUUGUUAGUAUUUUCAAGUUUACUUUCUAAUUGCCUGAUACUCAAUCAUUUAUAGCAUUUAGCUGACGUUUUUAUCCAAAGCAAUGUAAUUAUGAACACAACAAUUGAGCUUACUCGGGCCCAACAAUGGCAACUUGGCGGUGGCAGGGCUUGAACUAGCAACCUUCUAAUUACAAAUCAAGCUUGGCCUUUGAAUCUAAAGUUUCUAAACCAGUCCAGUUUCUAAAAUAUCUGAUCUGAUUGUCCACUUUCGCAAUGUCUGACUCCUUAGUAAAGGCAGGGUGAAAAAUCAGCAGGCGUCAGCCCCUGAGGAACAAAGACUCAGUACCUCUUCUUAAACCCCUUUACUAGACCAGCCUGAGAGAAAGCUGCUUGCAGAAACCGCAAUAUUUUCCUUAAGCAUCUCAUUCUUUCACUGGCACCAUGGAUCCAUGGAGCAGGGCUGAGCUAAAGACCUGUCUCUGUUUUUAUCUAACCAAAGCAUUAUUUUUAUCCAGCUUGUAAAAGAAAAGUGAAAUAAAAUCUUGUGAAAACAUAGUGAAAGUAAAACAAGUUUCCUUUUAUGUCAUGGACUAUAAUGUUGGUGAGUAAUUUGUUUCAUUCUAAUACAUACUAGUCUACAACGAA